AUGAUCCGUUUCUUCAUCGGCUGCGCUGGUGCUACGUUCGUCACCAACCAGUUCUGGUGCUCUCUGAUGUUUGCCCCCAAUGUGAUCGGCACUGCCAACGCCACGGCGGCCGGAUGGGGCAACCUUGGUGGUGGUGUCACGCAAAUUUUCAUGAUGAGUGUACUUUUCAAUCCCAUGGUCGAAUCUGGCAUUCUCCCGGACACUGCUUGGCGAUUGGCCAUGAUCGUGCCAGCGGUGAUGUUCCUGAUCGUCGCUAUCAGUUUGAAGCUCCUUUGCUGGGACACCCCUACAUCCAGGCGCUUCGACGUGUCCGUCACGGGCAAAACCCAGAAACCAUCCAUGAUGGACUAUUGUGAAGUGCUCAAGGACUUUCGUGUGGUCGUGAUGAUUGCCCAGUACUCAGCGUGCUUCGGCGCUGAACUAGCGAUGAACAAUCAGUUGGCUACGCACUUUCGCACAUAUUUCCAGAUGGCGGCAGCAGAUGCUUCAGCAUUGGCGGGCUCUUUCGGCUUGAUGAACCUUUUCGCCCGUAGCUUGGGAGGCAUCACCUCUGACCUGCUCUUCAAGAAGUUCGGCUUCCGCGGCCGCAUUUGGGCGCAGUUCUUGUCGCUCUUCUUCGAGGCUGUGUUCUUGUUCUGCUUCGGACUUGUGGACAACAGCCAGCCGUGGUAUGUGGCCUUGGCCGUGCUCCUGUGCUUCAGCUUGUUCGUGCAGAUG